UUGUUUCAGGUGUUAGGAGUUUUCAGUUGUGAAAACAUCAGUGACGAAGGCGUUGUUGCUCUGGCAAAUCUUUGCAAAUCUCUUCACCAUCUGGACAUUCGAUGGUGUUACAAGCUGACCAGUGCCGCUUUCGAAGCUCUCAACAAUGCAUCGGAGGUUUUGUGCAAACGUUUGGCUGUUGUUUGUGUUGCUUACGAUAUGUUCAUCGAUUGUGGAUCUUACCAGAUGAUUCGUUUUCUUUCUUUCCGUGAAGGGGAUUGGUUCGCCGUUGAUCAUGAUAUACUGUGGUGA